ACCUGUCUACUUUCGUCACUCAAUCUCGGCUUCCUUACACAGGAUUCUAGUUUCUCAAGAUGAUCUCGGCCUUGGAGCCGUGAGCUCCUUCUUGUCGGCCAAGAAUGUGAAUGACAACGUAUGUUUUAAAGUUUUCUGUCUGAAUAUAUCCUUCCUGACUUGGUGGACCCCUACCCUCAGUCCCUGGAGCGAGACUGGUUUAAAGAUCAAUGCUGUGUGCAAGCGCCAGCAUUCAUCGCGGCUUCGUGAAAACCCGAAACUGCUGGAGGGAAGGAGACGCAUUUCCCCUCCAGGCCAGGAACAACCAGAAGGCCUGUUCUUUGCCGGUCAUGUCCUCCGUGGGAACUGCUGAGCCGGACGGGGACCAGAGGGACAGACAUGUCAGCAAGCUCAUCUUCUUCCUCUUUGUCUUGGGUGCAGUCCUGCUGUGUGUGGGGGUCCUACUCUCCAUCUUUGGGUACCAGGCAUGCCAACAUAAGCCUCUCUCACACUGCAGCAUGGUGCUAAAGAUUGCUGGGCCUUCGUGUGCAGUGAUGGGGCUGGGAGCUGUGAUUCUGGCUCGGUCCCGGGCACGCCUGCGUCUGCGGGAGGGACAGCGGCGAGGCCAGCAGGACCCCGACCAAUCCUUCUUCUGUGGAGAGAGCCGCCAGUUUGCCCAGUGCCUCAUCUUUGGGUUCCUGUUCCUGACCAGCGGCAUGCUCAUCAGCAUCCUGGGCAUUUGGGUGCCUGGGUGUGGCUCAGACUGGGCACCGGAGCCACUGAAUGAGACGGACACCGGAGAGACAGAGCCCCAGAUCUGUGGCUUCCUUUCGCUGCAGAUCAUGGGGCCUCUGAUCGUGCUUGUGGGAUUGUGUUUCUUCGUGGUGGCCCAUGUUAAGAAGAAAAACAACCUGAGUUCAAGCCGAGAGAGCUCUGAAAUGGAGGGUGGGCACACCCUGAGCACGGAGCCUGUCCACAUCACUGUAGGUGACUCAGUGAUAAUAUUCCCGCCCCCUCCGCCACCUUACUUUCCUGAGCCUUCAGCAGGGACUCCAUCUCCUGGGGCUCACGGCUCACACCAGGUUGAAAACCCACCUUCCUAUUCCAGUCUUUUUAACCACAGCAGGAUCCCGGCUCCUGAGGGCCAGGGCACAGCCUCUGAGAGAGAACGGGAACUCAUAUUCACCAUUUCUGGGUCGGGUUCAUCCUCUGAGAGCUCACGUACGGGACAUCUUCCACUGGAUUUGCCCCCUAGAUAUGAAGAGAAAGAAACUGCCCCAGCCACGCCCUUGGCUGAGCCUUCUGAGCCAUCCUGACCAUGAACUAUGGACUCCAGCACAGUUUUAUAUAUGUCAUAGAUUACUAUUUUGUUUAAUUUGUUUUUUUAAUAAAAAAAUACAGUAACA